AUGGCUUCUGCCUGUGUUUUUCCUGAGGAAAUCCUCAAAAGACCUCGCCCUCUUGUGUUUCUGUGUGGCUUGGAUCAAACGAACAGAACACAUUCGGCGAUCGGAGAGAGUUUCAGCUCGUUCCACAAACCAAAUGCUUCGUUGAGUUCCAAAAUUGUUGAUCUCAAUUUCGAAGUUCCUAAGCCCAAGCCCAAAAAGGGUUCGUACGAAUGGUACAUUCCGAAGGGUAUUUUGAAAAUGGGGUGGAUUGAUAAGCACUUGAAUCAUGUUCCAGCGGUAGUUGCCGUGUUCUUCGAGCUUAAUUGGGACGACAGUGACUUGCCAGCGAAACAAUCCGAAUGUGUAGCCAGAAUCGAACGAAUAAAACAGACUCUUCAAGGUCAAACUAUGGGACCUCCUCAAAACGGACAUCAAACCAAAAUAGUCCUGAUUCUGAUCCAAAAAAGAGUUAUUUUGCCAGCAGGCGAAGAUUCGCCGCAAGCCAGUGACUACGCCGCCCAGUUAUGUGACGCUUGCGGAAUUUCUCCAAAAAGUUUGCUUGUGUUACCGCUUUCAGAAGGAACUGUGAUGGACGGAUACAUAAAACGAAUUCACGAGGAAUUACUUGCACUAGCUAAUACUUAUUAUACAGCUCAGGUUCGAGUUGUGAGAAGUCACAAGGAUAAUCUGAACAAGACUACUCAUGCCUUGUUGUUUGUGAGACACUACAUUAAGAUUGCGUUUUUCUCGGAAAUGCAGCAGAAUCCAAAUAGACCGGAGGCACAGACCGAAACAGUGUUGAAAUAUUAUAAACAGGCGUACGGUAACCUUACAGACGGAACAGUCCGAAUAUACGACACGAACUUAAUGGAAGUGAAAACAAUCGCGGGCUUCAUUAACUACAAAAUAUGCAAGCUGUACUUCCAAAACAACCAGCCUCUAUCAGCCAUCAAACAAUUCAAACUAUUUUUAGAAUACUUCAAACUUAAACAUGGGCCUCAGCAGUUGAUUUUUGAGCAUUACGCUUGGCUUUCGAAGCAGUUUUCUAUUUUCGCCGAGCUUUUUGAGGAAGCAGUCAAUAUUGGGCUCUCAGCUAUUCAAUUACAACACCCAGGAUUUUAUUAUCAACAAGCAGCCUACUUAACAAUGCAAAGGCGAGAGAGUGCAACUAUGGUGUGUGGAAAUUUAUACUCGAGUCAGCAGCAACCCCCGCUUGACCUUUCGGACGUGCAGCUGGAGUUUUGGGGUCAGCGACCUUGGAGACCGGGAAUCCAGAGCAUUGACCCUCCGGAUUUGCAGAAAGAAAAGGCUGGAAUUGAGAUGUUACAACAGGCGGAGUUAUCGGUGAAAUAUAGUCCGAUCAUCACACCGCUGUUGUUUUCGGCUGUCAUAUAUUUCAAGGUUAACCACCUGAAUUCGAAUCAUUCGUCUCAGUUUGAGAAGAUCUACAGUUCUAGCCAAGUUGCACUUUUAGCAGCUCUAGUUCUUGGUCUAGAGAUGCUGAAGCGAUACUAG